ACCCCAUCAUCAUCAUCAUCUUCCCUUACCUUUUUAUCUCCAUUUUUCUCAGGAAUUUUGGAUUGGUUUCAAUCCCUGUAUUAGAAAGUGUUUCUGUUUGAGGGGAUUUAUUUAUUUAUUUAUUUAUUUCUUCUUGAAUCUCUCACCAGGUAAGUGGAUAGGAAUAUCGCAGUCAAUCUUCUUCCAUCGUUUGUGAGAAAAUUUCUCAUUUUCUGUAAUUCAAUCAUAUUUCUGUGUGGGGAGGAAAGCUGAACUCUGGUAAUUCUUUUCAUUGCCCAUCAUACUUUAGUUGGUUUCUCUUCAAUUAUGUAUGCGGGUUUGAUUUAAGAUGGGGUUUUGAUUCACCCUUUGUCUGGAUUUAGCUUGUGGGUUUAGUGAAAGUUGUUGAAUCUGAUCUGGGGUUUUGAGAUUGUUGGUAAAGAUUGAGGCUUUAUGUUCAUAAGGGAGAAUUUGGGGCUAAAGCUUCUUAAAUCUGAUCAUUGAACCUUCUAUUGUCUUUGAAAUUGGGUGAGGAUUGAGGUGGAACAAGUUAAGUUAGGUUUUUGUUUAGAAAGAUCUUUAUUGGCUCUAGAGUUGGUGUUUGGGGAUGCCAAUGGCAGCUGGUACUGAUUGUUCACAUCCAUUCAUCAGAUUAGAAGGUAGUUAUAAUAAGAGUAGCGUGUCCCAUGCAAAAGAUGAAUUUGAAGAGGAAUCAGAUGAGUGGAAGCAGCCAAGUGUUAAACCUCCUCGCCAUUUUUCUGUUGACCACCAUUCUAUAAGCUCUGAUGAGACACUUCUGGUGUCAGCUGAUUUGGAUUUCGGUGUUGACAUCAAGGAGAUAGAAUGUGCUUCAGAAGGAAAGCCGAGCUUUCUACCUGUAUUUAGAUCUGGAAGUUGUGCUGAGAUGGGACCCAAGCAGUACAUGGAGGAUGAACACAUUCGAAUAGAUAAUGUAGCUGAGUAUUUGGGAGAAUCUGCCAGUUUCGCUUCUCCAGGCGCUUUCUAUGGGGUUUUUGAUGGGCAUGGUGGAACGGAUGCAGCAUCGUUUGUUAGGAAUAAUAUUCUGAAGUUUAUAACAGAGGACUCUUAUUUUCCUAUCUGCCUGGAAAAGGCAAUGAAGAACGCUUUUUUGAAAGCUGAUUAUGCCUUUGUUGAUGAUAGCUCCGUUGAUACGUCCUCUGGCACAACAGCACUGACUGCCCUCUUAUGUGAACGAAAAUUGAUAAUUGCGAAUGCUGGGGAUUGUCGUGCUGUUUUGGGGAAACGAGGGAGAGCCAUUGAGCUAUCCAAGGAUCAUAAACCAGAUAGCAAGUCUGAGAGACACAGGAUUGAAAAACUCGGAGGUGUCAUCUAUAAUGGAUACUUAAACGGCCAACUAUCUGUAGCGCGGGCCUUGGGAGACUGGCAUAUGAAGGCUCCAAAGGGGUCCGCCUGCCCCUUGAGUGCAGAGCCGGAGUUGCAAGAGAUUAUAUUGACAGAUGACGAUGAGUUCCUAAUCAUGGGGUGCGAUGGUCUUUGGGAUGUGAUGAGUAGCCAGUGUGCUGUGACAAUGGCCAGGAAGGAAUUGAUGAUGCACAACGACCCCGAGAGGUGUUCAAGAGAGCUAGUUAGGGAAGCCCUCAAGCGCAACACUUGUGACAAUUUGACAGUAAUCGUGGUUUGUUUCUCCCCCGAUCCUCCGCCUCAGAUAGAAACGCCUCAAACACGAGUCAGGCAGAGCGCAUCAACGGAAAGAUCCAAUCUUCUAAAAGGCGUAUUAGAAAGCAACUCAUGACAGCACUUUG